AUGUCGAAGAGGGAGGAGUACCCGGGCGACGACAACUAUUCCUCUGUCAACCACGUCGCGGACGCCUUGGAGACGCCGGCGACGGCUGGUCACGAUGCAGAGGCUGACCCGUUCGCAGAGGAAACCGGGUCUGAGCCAAAGUCGGUGCCCGAGACGCCGGACCAGGAGAGCGGGAUGGUGGGAGCGGCCACGAAAUCCAGCGGGGCGAAGCGGCGGAAGGGGAAGAAGCCCAUCUCGGAGCUCGCGCCGCUCGAGUUCUCCGGCCGCUUCGCGGGCGGGCUCCGCGCCGACCUGCUGCGCCGCGUGCCGCUCUACGUGUCGGACUGGACCGAGGCCUUCACCGGCGGCAAUUGCAUGAAGACGACCGCCUCCAUCUGCUUCCUCUUCUUCGCCUGCCUCUCGCCCGCCGUCACCUUCGGCGCCGCCUUCGCCGACGCGACCGACAACCAGCUCGGCGUCAUCGAGACGAUCAUCUCGUCUGGCAUGUCGGGCCUCAUCUACUCCUUCCUCUCGGGCCAGCCCCUCUGCAUCCUCGGCGCGACCGGCCCCGAGCUCGCCUUCACCAUGGAGGUCGACUUCCUGGCGGCGCGCGUCUGGCAAGCGCUGUGGUGCUCGCUCUUCACGAUCCUCGUCGCGCUCUUCGACCUCUCGGCGUGCAUGAAGGUGUGCACGCGCUUCACCGAGGAGAUCUUCUCCUUCCUCAUCUCGAUCAUCUUCAUCGUCGGCGCCUUCACCACCCUCAUCAAGCUCUACCUCGCCGACCCCGACGUCGAGGGCGACGACCCGGCGGCGCCGGCCAACCGCGCAAAGGCCUUCCUCGGCACGCUGCUCGGCCUCUUCACCUACUUCACCGCCAUGUGGUGCCGCGCCUUCCCCAAGCGCAACGAGACGACGCCGCUCGUCCGCAAGCUCGUCGCCAACUACGGCGUCACCCUCUCCAUCCUCCUCUACUCGGGCAUCAACUACGGCUUCCGCGACGUCGACGUGCCCUGCCUCGACAUGCCGGACGAGGUUGUGCCCACCGCGACGCUCAACGGGACCGGCGAGUCGCGCGGCUGGUUCGUCAACCCGUUCGGGGACGAGACCGCCUCCGGCUACGACACGCCCGGCGUCGGCUUCAUCUUCUUCGCCGCCGUGCCGGCGCUCGGCCUCGCCGUGCUCGGCUACCUCGACCAGAACCUGACGACGCUGCUCAUCAACCGCAAGGACCACAACCUGAAGAAGGGCGGCGCGUACCACCUCGACCUCCUCGUGUGCGGCAUCUUCAUCUACCCCAUCUGCGGCUUCUUCGGCCUCCCCUUCACGCACGCCGCGACCGUCCGCUCGAUGUCGCACCUCAUGUCGCUCAUGACGCGCGAGGACUCCACGAACGAGCACGGCCAGACGGUCUCCAAGGUGACCAACGUGGUCGAGCAGCGGGUGACGCACCUGGGCAUCCACUGCCUCCUCCUCGCCGCGCUCGGCCUCUCCGCAGUGCUCACCAAGAUCCCGAAGGUGGUCCUGGCGGGCGUCUUCCUCUACAUGGGCGUCACGGCGCUGCUCGAGUCUCUGCCCUCCACACUCACACGUCUACCCUCCACACGCCCUUCCCCCACCCCUCAGGCGCUGCCGGGCGUGCAGCUGUACGAGCGGCUCUGGCUGUGGCUCAUCUGGGACCCGAAGAAGUACCCGCAGUACGACUACGUGACCCAGGUGGCGCGCAAACCGCUCCACCUCUACACGCUCUUCCAGUUCUCCUGCCUCGCCGUCCUCUACGCCCUGACCAAGGUGCCAAACCCGUACAUAUCGGUCAUCUUCCCAUUCUUCAUCGCCUUCCUCCCCCUGAUCCGCAAGCUGGUGCCAAAGUGCUUCCCCUCCGUCUGGAGCAAGGAGGACCUCAAGGCGCUCGACAAGAGAAGUCCACGCCGCUCCACCUGGUCCCUUGAGUUCUGCGCCGUCUGCGCUUUGCAAGGGCAGAAGGUGCGCCUUGUGGUCAGCGACGAGCCCGUCCGUCCAACCGAAUACUGCACGCACGGGCGCUUUGACGGGCUCCUCUACUGCAAGCGCUGCCCAGAUUGCCGCGCCAAGCACAACCUCUCAUAUGCCGAGGAGUCAACUCGGCUGGCUCAGGGCAAGCAGGUGUCGUAUGACAGCGCGAUGGAUCGGACUCGCAAGUACGUCCAGCUGUCGCGAGACAUCAUCUUUGAGGGCGAGAUGCUGUGGCGCCUCGACACGCAGAUGCUCCACUCGCACACCGGCUUUGAGCCGUACGCCAAGGAGUGGACGACCUUUGCCGACGAGCCGCCGCAGCUGGUCGAGCCUUUGCGGAUAGCGCUGUCCCUCUCAUCUAAUUCGGCGUAG